AUGAAUGAUAAAGUAAAAUUAAAAAUACAACAAUACUUGGAUAAAGCAUGGCAAUGCACUAGUCAGAGACAUGAUGUAGAGGCAUUUGAUAACUUUCAAAAAGCUGCCAAGUUGGGUGACCCAGAGGCACAGUAUCGUGUGGCUAGAUACUAUUUGAGAAAGUUUGAUGGAACAACAAGUAUUGCUAAAUCAAAAGGACAACUUGACACAUUUAUCUCUAAAAUGGGUGAUGGCAAGAGAGCCUAUAAAUGGCUCGACCGCGCAGCUACCCAGAACCAUCUUGGUGCCAUGGCAUUGCUCGGUGGUAGAUACCUAAAGGAGAGGUUUGAUCACAGAGACGAAAGAAAGAAACAACGUAUCUCUAUGUACUACUAUUUCUCGCAGUCAUCAACAUCAUCAUCAUAUGAUCGCGGAUACGAGAUGUUGGUUAGUGCCGCAGAACAAGGAAACCUGUCGGCCAAGUACUAUCUCGCACGAUACCAUUACCACUGCGUUGAACGUGUAAACAUCAAUACUAUUGGUGAGAUUAGAGUUGGAUAUCCUACUAGUCCAGUUCCUGUGCUCCUCCAAGACCAUGUCAACAACAAGGAACAUUGUUUCCGUUUGCUGGGAGAGGCAGCUGCCAAGGGACACCCCAAAGCAACCUAUUACUACGGUUUGAUGUGUCAGGCACGUGGUAUGCCACAGCAAGCAUACGACAGCUUUGUGACAGCGUCACAGGCGGGUGUAGACCUUGCCACCAUGGAACUUGCCAAUUGCCAUUACAUUGGUUACAACAACAUACCAAUGGACGCGGACAAGGCAUAUGACAUACUUUUAAAGUGUACUCUAAAGGCGAUGAAAGGUGGGUUACUACCAUACCACAUUGUACGUAUGUCUGAUCGCCUCCCCGUAUCUCUCAGAGGUAGUAAUAUUGACGUGACUGCACUAUCCAUGUUACAAGCUGCUUGCGGAGACUAUAACGGUGUAAAGAAUUUUGGUGGCAUCAGUAUGAAAUCUUUGUAUGAGCCAGAACAACAUGGGUUUAAAGCAGACAUGUAUUACUAUGAUCUCUUUAGAGACUAUUAUGUGCCCGAAUACCAUUAUCUUCACUUUGCACUAUUCGGUCUAUGUCAUUUACACCGAUAUGCUACAGUGGAGAGGAGAAUGGAUACUCCUGAUAUGGUAGCAGUCGAUCCCGUUAAAUUACUCGGCAAGACAUCUUUGUUUAAUCUCGAUCGUACUAUUCCCGUUGAAUAUUUUUGCGAUCUUGCUGUUGCUCAACUAGCCAAUCCACUCGGAGGAGGAUCUAAACAAGCAGUCAAGACUCUUAAAAAGGCCAUGACAGUAUAUAAUAUUCCCGAAGCAUACUAUCGCUAUGGUAUCAUCAAACUAAACCAUAAAUCUGAAAAGACUGAAAAGGGAAUCAAGGCAAUAGAACAAGCUCAUCAAAUGGGUCAUCCUCUUGCCUACCGAACUAUUUAUUAUAAUAUUUCGAGUUGUACAACCCGGAAAACAAAUGACACCACCGACAGUGUUUUAAAAAGAGAGGAAGCUUUCAGAUUUGUUUUAAAAGUUGCAAAUGAGACUGGAUCAUCAUAUGCUCAAGUAGAUAUUGGUACAUUGUAUAGAGAUGGGUUGGGUGUUGUCAAGGAUUUGUCACAAGCAGAGUCAUGGUACAGACGAUCAGUAGCUCAAGGAAACCCAGAAGCCAAAUGUUUAUUAGCUGUUUUAUUAUUGGAAACAAACUCGAUUGCAUAUGCACGCGAGAUACAAAGAUUGAUACAAGAGAGUAUUAGUGGAGGGUAUACACCUGCUUCAAUCUACUUGCCCUCAAAAACAAAAGAAGAACAGAUUGAAAAGGCCAAACAGAUAUACAAUGAUUUUGCUUUAUCUUGUCAAUCAGAACAUAUCGAUCAAGAGGUAGCACUCACUUUGAAAUAUGGAUGUUAUGAUCAUGUGACACAUAUUAUGAGUGGUUUGUCACUCACAAUUGACCGCCUAGGCAAAUGA